AUGGUUUGUGACGUCAGAAGCGGCCGCGACUCGGACAUUGAGCAGACGACCUUCACUAUCGAUUCGGACUCGAAGCAGAUUUCGUCCGAGUAUCCCAGCUCAGAUGAUGUCUCGAAAGAAGUGAGGAAGCCCGAGUACAACGAUAGAGAUGCUUUCAUCGGCGGUGGCUCUAUUGAGGCUUACGAGCCAAUUGAGGAAUAUGAAGGUCGACACCGCUAUGAUCCCAAAGCUCAGUGGACGGAGGAAGAAGAGAAGAAACUUGUGCGAAAGCUAGACUACCGCAUCUGCUCCUGGGUGUGUCUGAUGUUCUUCGCAUUGCAACUCGACAGAGGCAACAUCUCGCAAGCGCUCUCAGACAACAUGCUGAAGGACCUUGGUUUGUCGACAAACCAGUACAACUACGGCAUGAUGAUCUUCUACCUUUGCUUCCUGUCCGCAGAAGUCCCAUCGCAGAUGAUAUCGAAGAAGCUUGGUCCUGAUGUCUGGAUUCCUAUCCAGAUGGUGACGUGGAGUGUCGUCGGUAUUUGCCAGGCCCUCAUCACCGGCGAAAAGAGCUUCUACGCCACACGCGCCCUGUUGGGUCUUAUUGAGGGUGGCUUCAUCCCAGAUGCGAUACUGUACCUCAGCUACUUCUACAAGAACACUGAGAUGCCGGUACGGAUGAGUUACUUCUAUUGUGCGUCCAACGGUACUUUCAUCGUUGCCGCGUUCCUGGCUUUCGGCAUCCUCCACAUGCGCGACACAGGAGGCUGGGAAGGCUGGAGGUGGCUUUUCGCGUUGGAAGGAGCUUUGACGUUGCUUAUUGGUGUCUUGUCUUGGUUCUACCUGCCUCCUAGUCCCACACAGACCGCGAGUUGGUUUAGAGGGAAGGAUGGAUGGUUCACCGAGCGCGAAGAGGUCAUCAUGGUUAACCGCGUGCUGAGAGACGACCCUGCGAAGGGCGGCAUGCACAAUCGCCAAGGCCUAACGCUCAAGUUGCUCUGGGACUCGCUGAUGGACUACGACCUUUGGCCGAUGUACCUCAUCAGUUUCACGAUGUUGAUUCCUACGAAUCCUGUGAAUGCUUACCUGACCCUCAGUCUGCGCAAUCAUGGCUUCGACACCUUCCAAACCAACCUUCUGACCAUUCCGGCAUACGUGCUUUUCUUGAUCCAGCUGCUGUUCUGGACGAGGGUCUCUGAGUGGAUCAACAACCGGAUGGCCGUUGUGCUAUUCUACUCUUUCUGGUGCUUGCCGCUCUUGCUGGCGUUGGAGCUGUUGCCAGGCAAUGCCAGCCCCUGGUCAUGGUACACGGUCACCGUUCUGCUCAUCGGCUUCCCGUAUAUCCACUCCAUCAUGGUCAGUCUCGUCUCGCGUAACGCUGGCUCCGUGCGCACUCGUACGAUUGGCAGUGCCAUGUACAACAUGAUUUGCCAGGCCAGUUCCGUCAUUGCGUCGCAAAUAUACCGUGACGACGACAAGCCAUUGUACCGUCGCGGAAACAAAGUCCUCUUAGGCAUCGUCGCAUGGAACGUCAUAAUGACUAUCUUCAUCAAGGGAUACUUCAUGUGGAGGAAUAAGUCGAGGGACCGUGUCUGGAACGACAUGACAGUGGAACAGAAGGACCACUACAUCAAGACCACAAAAGACAAGGGUAACAAGAGGCUCGACUUCCGUUUCGCACACUAGACAUGUGGGACUCGAGUAUUACUGCAUACAAAGUCAAGGGUCUUCGGACGUUGAUACUAUGCUUGCAUUGGAUGAUAAAACUGGAUACAUAGAAGGAAAACUCUGUUUCGUAUCGUUGUCCGAUCGUGCUUUGCCUCUCACACAUGCGAUCACGACCUUCGCGGUGACCUGCUCAGUCGUCAUUGUGAUCAUCCAAGGCAUUGCACCGAGAUAACACCUUUGUAACGCCGCAACGGCUGAAGUUUGUCCUGCGAUGCCUCGGUUGCAGUUACCCGCGCACACCACGAAGCCGUUUAGGGCUGCAUCCCCGCUCCGCCCCGUCGUGAUGU